UUCAUUAUUGUUAUUACAGGGUUUUUCUUUCUUUCUUUCUUUCUCUACAAAGUUUCUUGUGUUCCAAAAACCACCGACACUGGUGGGUGUGGUUGUGGUUGUGGUCGGCUUUGGAGUAGCAAAAAGACUAGCCAAAAAGGUUUGUGACAAAUAUUUUAUAGUACCUUCUAAGUACUAGUAUAUAAAAUAUUUGAGAAGUGAGCGACAAUGUAUGGGGAUUGUCAAGUAAUGCCAACCAUGGGAGGGAACGUAGUUUCCUCAGAAACCCUCUUUUCGUCGCCACCGAUCCAAAACUCUAACUACAACUUCAUGUCUAGCAUGCCUUUCCAGCCUUUCCCUUCCAUGAUUGCUAAAGAAGAAAAUGGGUUCCUUAGAGGAAAGGAUGAGAUGGAGAGUGGGUCUGGGAGUGAACAAGUUGAAGAAAAGUCAGCGACUGAGCAAGAGAGUGAACAACCUCCCAAGAAGAAACGCUAUCACAGGCACACCGCUCGCCAGAUCCAAGAAAUGGAAGCUUUGUUCAAGGAAUGUCCACACCCAGAUGACAAGCAAAGGCUAAAACUGAGCCAAGAACUUGGCCUUAAACCACGCCAGGUCAAGUUUUGGUUCCAAAACCGACGAACCCAGAUGAAGGCACAACAAGAUCGGUCGGAUAACGCUAUACUUAAGGCUGAGAAUGAUAAUCUAAGGAAUGAGAAUUACCGGCUACAAACUGCGUUACGCAAUGUUGUCUGCCCUAAUUGUGGAGGUCCGUGUGUGAUAGGAGGGGGGAUGGGCUUGGAUGAACAGCAAAUUCACCUUGAAAAUGCCAGGCUGAGAGAUGAGCUAGAACGCGUUUGUUGUAUCGCUUCACGAUAUGCUGGCCGGCCAAUCGAAUUAAUGUCACCAGCUCCUCAUCUUAUGCCUCCGUCAUUGGAUUUGGAUAUGAAUAUGUAUUCGAGGCAUUUCCCAGACCCCAUGGCUUCUUGCACAGAAAUGAUUCCUGUUCCUAUGUUGCCUCCAGAAACUUCCCACUUCCCUGAAGGUGGUCUGUUGUUGGAAGAGGAAAAGUCAAUUGCAUUGGAGCUUGCUGCUUCGUCCAUAAAUGAACUUGUGAAGAUGUGUCAAGGAACUGAGCCUCUUUGGAUCCGAAACAAUGAAAAUGAAAGAGAGGUGCUUAAUCUUGAAGAGCAUGCAAGGAUGUUUCCAUGGCCAAUGAACCUCAAGCAAAAUUCCAGUGAGUUCAGAACAGAAGCCAGCCGUGAUAGUGCUGUAGUUAUAAUGAAUAGCAUCAACUUGGUCGAUGCCUUCCUUGAUGCUAACAAGUGGGUGGAAUUGUUUCCUUCCAUUGUUUCCAGAGCAAAAACUGUUCAAGUUAUAUCACCAGGCGAUUCUGGUCAAGCAAGUGGUUCUUUUCAACUGAUGUAUGCAGAAUUUCAAGUUCUUUCUCCAUUGGUACCAACUCGAGAGGUUCAUUUCCUUCGUUAUUGCCAGCAGAAUGCCGAGGAGGGGACAUGGGCAAUUGUUGAUUUUCCAAUUGAUAGCUUCCAUGACAACCUUCAGCCUUCCUUUCCCAGAUACAAGAGAUGGCCCUCUGGAUGUCUUAUUCAAGACAUGCCAAAUGGCUACUCAAGGGUUACAUGGGUAGAACAUGCAGAGGUAGAGGAGAAACCAGUCCAUCAGAUAUUUAGUGAAUAUGUCUGUAAUGGUAUGGCAUUUGGAGCACAGCGCUGGUUAGCUGUCUUGCAGCGACAGUGCGAGAGAGUUGCAAGCCUCAUGGCAAGAAAUAUAUCGGACCUUGGAGUUCUACCCUCUCCAGAAGCACGAAGGAACUUGAUGAGAUUGGCCCAAAGAAUGAUAAGAACAUUCUGCGUUAACAUCAGCAGCUCCAGUGGUCUGAUGUGGACGGCUUUAUCAGAUUCCCCUGAUGACACUGUUAGAAUUACUACAAGGAAAAUCUCAGAGCCUGGCCAACCAAGUGGCCUCAUACUCUGUGCUGUGUCCACUACUUGGCUGCCAUACCCUCAUGGCCAUGUCUUUGAUCUCUUGAGAGAUGAACGCCGUAGAUCUCAGCUUGAGGUACUCUCUAAUGGGAAUUCCUUACAUGAGGUGGCUCACAUUGCAAACGGCUCUCAUCCAGGAAAUUGCAUUUCUCUUCUUCGCAUCAAUGUAGCCAGCAACUCAUCCCAGCAUGUAGAGCUAAUGCUGCAAGAGAGCUGCACUGACCAGUCCGGCAGCCUUGUCGUGUACACGACUGUCGACGUGGACUCCAUCCAGCUCGCAAUGAGUAGCGAGGACCCCUCCUGCAUUCCGCUCCUACCAAUUGGGUUCGUCAUAAUUCCAUUUGAGUCCACCACUAACAUCACUAAUACCGCUUCUGGUGAUGGCAACCCAAUGCCAUCAUCCGAAGAAGGGAAUGCAUCUACUACUUCUUCUCCUGCAGGCUGUCUACUCACAGUGGUACUUCAAGUUGUUGCAAGCACAAUCCCAUCAGCAAAGCUCAACCUCUCUAGCGUGACCGCCAUCAACAACCACUUGUGUAACACGGUGCAUCAAAUUAAUGCUGCUCUUAGUAGUAGUACCACCACAAGCUGCCCUGACAAUGUUAGUGUUGUAGGCUCUUGCACUGAGACUGCAAUUGCUCCAUCACCCAAGCAAUAGCAUCUCAAUAGCUCUUAAGUUCCCAAGGGUACUCAACUAUUCAUCUAUCUUUUUUGGAUAAUUCAGUGGGAACGCAAGGGGUAGAAAUGUGAAAUAAAAAUAGGUGAAGUAGGUUUUGGACUUAAUUGUUAGGUGGGGGUGGGGGGGAGUUGGGAGUUAUGAUGAUAAGAGAGAUCUGUAGUGCAACAUUAAUCAAUGUAGGAGUGGGAAAAAAAAGUCAAAAACUAUAUGUGUUGAUGGUAAAGGCCAGAGGGGGAGUCAAGAGCGCACCAGCUAUAACCCUUGAUUUCUGGUUGGGGCUUAAAAAAAAUACAAGAUGGUCCUCACCAGUCAGCAAGGGUGGUGGUUCGGGUAUUGACUUCUUCUUGUCUGUAGGCCUUUUUUGUUUUUGAUGAAUUCAAUGCUAUCUUUUUCAAUUGUUUUA